AUGGAGCGCCUGUUCAACCUCCUUGCAACGGCAUGGGCCGAGCAGUGCGGCGAGGCCCGCACGGCGGAACUUACCCGGCUUCUUGAGCAGCACUCAGAGGAGGGCAUUGACCCCAACACAGGUAACACCCUCCUGCACCAUGGUAUCCUCACAGGCAAUGUCGAUCUGGUGGUGGAGCUGGCCAAGCUCGAGCUGGAGGGCUCGCUUGACGCAACCAACAAGGACACGCCCAACUUUGAGGGCGUGACGCCGCUGAUGGCAGCGACGCUCAAGGGCGACGUAGCGGCGGUGGAGGCGCUCAUCGGAGUUGGGGCUUCGUUUCGGGCUGGAGAUCGGCAUGGGCAGACGCCACUGUAUGCUGCUGCGGCGGCCGGGUGCACCGAGCUCGUCUCGCUGCUGAUAGGCCAGUACCACGGGCGCGACACGCUGAGCCGGACCAAGUUUACACGGAUCUCGCCGCUGCAUGCAGCGUGUCUCGGUGGACACGCCGAGGUGGUGGAGCUCCUGCUUGCGACGGCGUCUGUGGACGUGACCGAGACGACCGCUACAGGAGCGACGCCGCUGCAUUGCGCUGUGGUAGGCGGAAACGUGGAUGUGGUGGUGCAAGUGCUUGCGGCAGGGGCAGACGCGGCGGCCAAGGCCAACUCGAGCGUUUCGCCGGCAGAGCUGGACCUGGUGGGCCUUGGGUUUAGCGGGGAGUAUGUGGCGGCGGUGGCCAACGCGUUUGAGCACGCGGCCAAGACCUCGCAGCAGGCAUCGAUUCGGGAGGUUGUGGCGCGCAAGAUGUCUGCCAUUCUCAAGGACGAGACGCUGUACCUCAAGAACUGCCGAGACGUAAUGGACAAGUUUGUGGCGCCGUUUACAUCGUCGGAGAAAGGCUUUCCGCUCCCGCGCAACCUCACGGACAACUUUGUGGAUGUGUCUGCCAAGCUGGAGGCGUUUAUUGAGCUGCGUCGGGCGCUGCUCAUCUCGCUCCGCAACUCGAUCUUUGGUUUCGAGGGCGCCGAGUCGCUCGACCAGUACGCGCAGAUUAUUUCCGAUGCGCUGAUCAAGAACGCGGCGUUCCACACGGCGCUUCAGCGGUACGCCAUGUCGAUGUAUACGGCGCUGGCACCGGUGACGACGACGGCGAUGACCAAGGUCUCCAAGUUUCUGGACGUCUCGUACGAGCUCGCCUUUGUCGAGUCUGCGCUCCGGCUUCCUCUCGAUGGUGUCAAAGUGUAUCUGGAGAUUUUCGAGUCGAUGCGCGACGAGGCCAUCACGCUCUACGACUUGCCGCCGGACUGCUCGCCGGCGUACGAGCAGAUGCUCAACGACCUCGGCCAACUGCGUGCAGACAUCACGCCGUUUGUGUCUAAGCUGCAGAACAAGUUUACCUGUGAACGGAUCGAGUCGACCAUCUCGGGCUCGUUUGACACGAUUGUCGACGCUUCGCGCUCGCUCAUUCUCGAGGGCUAUCUCACAAAGUCACCGGGCUCGGGCUCGGGCCGCAACCAGCGGCGAUACUGGUUCCUCUUUUCAGACAUUCUCAUCUAUGCUGCGCCUGGCAAGAAAAAGGGCUACAACUAUGACUUUAAGGGUCGGGUCGAGCUCAUUUCGUCAGCGCUCCGCGACAUUCCGGACACGGCGGUGACCAAGAACGCGUUUGAGAUCAUUUCUAAGCGCGGGAACUUUACCAUUUACGCGCCAACGCCCGAGGAGAAGCGCAAGUGGUACACUGCGAUUUCGAACACAACCAAGGCACUGCAGACGGUGACCAUCAACAAGGCGCUCUCAGUCGAGCCCCUCGACCGGUCGCAGCCAGCCUCGUCAUCGUCGUCUGCAGGUGAUCCGAUGGCGGCGACAAUGGCGGCGACGCUAGCGUCAGCAGCCGCCGCAGCCGCGGCCACGCGCCAGUCACGGCGCGAAAUGGACCGGUCUGCGGCACAGAACGCGGUCGACGGCGGUGUCCAGGCGGAGGAGCCAGGGUCGGCGCCGCCGGCGAGUCCAAGCCCGGCGCCGGCGUCCGGCGCCACGUCCCCGGCGCGGACGCCGUCAGCAAGCGAGUCGGGCGGGGGCGCGGGCGAGUCGGGCGGGGGCGCGGGCACAGGCGCAAGCGUCGGCGAAGCAAGCGCUGGUGCACACACAGUCUCGCCUGCCGAGCACCAGGCGCUGGCACAGGCACAUGCGGCGGCGCUGGGCAAGAUUGCAGAGCUGGAGGAUGCCAAGGCGGAGGCAGCGCUGCGAAUCGCGGCGGUGCAGGCGCAGCUGAAAGAGGCCGAGGCGCGCGGAGGCUCUGAUGCUAGUGCGGAUGGCGCCGAGGUGACUCGAGCUGCGCGCGAGCUGCAGCAAAGCAAGGCGCGGGUGACUGCGCUGGAGGACCAGCUGGCGGUGGCGCAGUCGGAGGCCGAGGCAGCGCAGCUCUCGCUCUCUGCCGUAGAGGACCAGACGGCGCGGCUGGAGAGCGAGCUGGCGGAGGUCAAGACGGUGGCGGCGGAGCGCUUGGAGCUGAUCAACAAGCUCCAGGCCGAGAAGGAGGCGGCACAGGCGCGGAUCGUGGAGCUCACUGCGGAGCGCGACGCGGCUCUCGACGAGGCGGCGACCGAGGCGGCGGCGGCCAAAAAGGCCAAAAAGUCGGCCAAGAAAGCAGCCGAUGCUGCGGCCAAGGCUGCUGAGCACGCGGCGAUGCUCGCGGAGCUCCAGGCUGCAGAGCAUGACCUGGAGGAUCUCGCUGCGGCCGAGGCACCCGCGGCGGCGGCAGGCGAGGCACCUGUUGCGCCGUCGCCGCACACCACGGCCGACGACCUCGACGUCCUCCGCAACUCAUUCGAGUCGCGCGAGGUCCAGGCCCGGCGCUCGCGUGUCAAGUCUGUCGCUGACUCGUGCACCGAAGGCAUCCGGCGGCUCUGCUCAUCGCUGCACCUCUCGGCGGCGGAAAUCAAGUCGCAGCUCACCUUUGUCGUCGACGCCAUCAAGAUGCUACAGUCGGAUACUGGGCUCUCGUUUGAGGCCGACACCAUUGCCUUCGUGCAGGCGACCAAGCUCGUGCUUAUGUCGCCGGGCAACGCCGGCGCCGCCAAUCGGACCGGCCAGGCCGGUGAGGCGCUCAUUACCAGCGUGACGUCGGGCAUUGCAAGCUGGGCGUAG